AGGGAGCGGAGUGGGGGUAAAAAUGUAAAGCGGCAACAGCGAGCUGCACCGCGGCUCGAGCCCACGGCUACGAACAAUCGGAACCAUGUGGAGGGUGGAUCGCUGCCCCGUGAGGAGGAUGCUGCUCUUCAUCGUUUACACGUUCGUCUGCGUUCCUGGGGAUUGCCUUUUUGUGACUGAAUACUUCACCCGAACGCCUCGUAAGCUCAGUGCUUACAACUCAUUCGCCAGUGUGGAACUGUUCCACUUCAAUGUGCCUGACGACACCAUGAUGGCCGUAUGGAACCUCAUUAUCUUCAAGGAACAAGGCGGUACCUUUGGUGACAGCUGCCCCAAUCGCAAUGUGGCUGUGUACUUAAGGUCUGGUGCUCCCCCGGUAAUCAACCCCCUGAAAACUCACUUCCCUCGGGAUACAAUUGUCCCAGGAUCCUUUGCGGUGACUCUGACCUGGAUGCUCCCGAACCGAACCACGGGGGUGCUCAACGUGACCAGCCCGCUCCCUGGGGACUGGUUCCUGGCUGCGCAUUUACCCAAGGAUGAAGGCAAGAUCUCAGUCAAGGGUCUGUCUGAGGAGUGCCAGUAUCUGUUCCAGCCUCAGCUCAUUGUCCAGAGGCUCAUUGGGAUUGCGGUGCUCUAUCCGGGAUACUUCAUCGACCAGAUGAUCCCUGCUCACAACAGAUUUGCUCUUUAUAAAGUGUUUGCGCCAAAUUACAUAUCAAAGGUGAAAGUUCAGCUGCUGAACUGCGGUGUCAAGAACAAGAGCGGCAACACUUGCCCCGUGGUGUUGAAGAUAAGAGCGCGGGCGCCCCCCGUGCACAACUCGAGUGCCCUCGACUGCAAAGAGUGGAGCCCCUGCGAGCUGGACGCCUCGGUACCCACCUGGGAGCAAUGGUACUACAUCCAGGUGGAGCGAUACCUCACUAACGCCAACGUCUACUUCCGCAUCGGCGUGCAGGUUACAGACUGCAGCAAGUCCAACGCAUCCAAGGAGCAGUCCCCAGCCGGCUCCUCCAUGAACAUGCCGCAAUCGUUUGGCACGCCGAUGGCUUUCUCCUUGUCUGACGGCAUCUCCGCGGCGGCCCCGGGAGGGCCGUCGAACAACGCCACUCAGCUGCACACCUCAGGGGACAGCGUCGUUUACCUCGCUUCCCCCACCGACACCGACAAGUGCUGGCCCAUCCGUCCGACUCUUCGCAACGAGCUGGACACGUUCUCUGUGCACUUCUACGUCUUCUUUGGUCCAAAUAUAUCCAUUCCGCCUGACAGGGCGGCCGUGUUCGCCAUCAACCUCAUGCCCGUUUUAGACAGCGGGGGCGUUCUCAACAUGGAGCUGAAGCUCAACAUGUCGACGCUUAAAGACAAGAAUGUCACCGUGUUUGGCUGCCUGACUCAUGGGAUGCCUCUCUUCCUCUGGCAAAACUCCUCAUCGAAAUGUGAAUCAGAAUCUGUAGCUGGGUUUUUCCUCUCCGUGAACACAUCCACGAAUAUCACCAAACUCAGGAUUCCAUACCCCCAGACGGGCACAUGGUACUUCAGUCUGCGCUCUCUAUGUGCCACAGAACAUGGUUUCGAGACGUGCGCCAACAUCACUGCAGAGGUGUACAUGCGCGCCUACCUGACGCCGUGCAUCAACGACUGCGGCACGUACGGACAGUGCAAGCUGCUGCGCACCAACAACUACCUUUAUGCUGCAUGUGAAUGCAAAGCAGGCUGGGAAGGCUGGGGAUGCACGGACAAUUCCGAGGCCUACUCGUACAGCUUCCAACUUCUCUCCACCCUGCUGCUGUGUCUCAGUAACCUCAUGUUCAUUCCUCCCGUGGUCAUCGCGGUACGCAACCACUACCUGCUCGAAGCCUCCGUCUACAUCUUCACCAUGUUCUUCUCCACCUUCUACCACGCAUGUGACCAGCCGGGCAUUGUGGUCUUUUGCAUAAUGGAGUAUGACGUUCUGCAGUUCUGCGAUUUCCUCGGCUCGCUCAUGUCAGUGUGGGUCACGGUCAUCGCCAUGGCCAGGCUGAAGUCCAUCAUCAAACAGGUGUUGUAUUUGCUGGGGGCCAUGUCCCUGUCCAUGGCUUUGCAGCUGGACCGUCACGGUCUGUGGAACCUGCUGGGACCCAGCUUGUUUGCUCUGGGCAUCAUGGCAGUGGCAUGGACGGUGCGCACCAUCCGCCGGCGGCGAUGUUACCCGCCCACCUGGAAGCGCUGGGUUUUCUUCCUCUUCCCGGGCACGGCCAUCGCCACAUCCGCCGUGGCCCUUUACGCCUUUGUGGAGACGGAGGAGAAUUACUUCUACAUCCACAGUAUCUGGCACAUGCUGAUCGCCAGCAGCGUGGGUUUCCUCUUGCCACCCCGCGCCAAACCCGACGCCAAGGUGACGCCGCUGAAACGUAGGCGAGGCUGCGGGUAUCAGCUGUGCGUCAACGAGCAUGAAGAACUAGGCCUGGUCGACCCAGCCAUCAUCUCCAUAAACAGCAUCUGCACCAGCUGAUAAACUCCUACACUUUCACCCUCCUCCUAUUCUACCUUAGUGACACUUCAUUGCCUUCUUUGACUUGGGACGUUCACACGGGAAAUAAGCCACAGAACUUGAAGAACAGCUGUAAAUACUUUUAUGCAGAUAAUGACCCGUUAUUUGAUUUGAUCAACUUGUCGUAGUUCCAAUUGUUGUCCCCCGUGAAGCGAUGCAACGCCUCACGAUUUGCUCAGUAGAAUUUCUCAUCGGAAUUCUCCUCACCAACCAAUCUUGUUUAAACUCUUCAGGAUUAUUGUAUGUAUGGCUAAUCCAGACAGCCAACCAACCAACCAAGUCAAUUUUAUUGAUAUAGCGCCAAUUCACAUCAGAAGUUAUCUCAAGGCCAGAUCAAGAACCACACACCUCAUGUAUCUAUAUAUAAGACAACCAACUGAACCCUACAUUAGCAAGCACUUGGUGACAGCAACAAGGAAAAACACCCUCUAAACAGAACCCAGGUUUUGUGAGACGACCGUCUCCCUCGGCCGGUUGGGUUGAGAUGGAGAGACAGCGUAGAGGGACAGAUAGAAAGAGAAAACAGACUAGAGAGGUUGAGCGACGGGGGGAGGGAUGAGAGAGCAAUGGGCACAACAACAGCCCUUUCACAACAGUAAUAGUUUUAUGACAGUUGGAUUAUUUUCCCCAGUCAAAGAAAGAACUUCAUUGCUUUUAACAUCCAUUCAACUAUUUUCCUAGCGCUCGUCCUUACUAGGUUCGUGGGUGAACUGGAGCCUAUCUCAGAAGCGGGGUACACCCUAGACUGGUUGCCAGACAAUUUCAGUACUUGUAACAUAGCUAAACAAAAGUAACAGUGGAAGUCGAUGUCAGACGUUGGAUUAGAGUUCUGUUUCAGCUUUCGACAGAGUUCAGCUAAUGUUUCAACUUGUAGGUCAAUCGUGCCAUGUUAAAGCCAUUGAUUUUAAUAGAAUACAUUUGAGGUCAAACAUCAAAUCAGUGCAAGUUGUUUUUCAGAUCUCGACAGGUCACAACUUAGGCCCACCGCGCACCGAGCAGCAUCGGUGAACAUGAACAACUAAUAUUUCAAUUUCAAAUAUUAUUGUCCUGGCUCAAAGCAAGAACCCUAAUUGAUGACUGACUUCGGCAGCUGAGGUCAAAAGGGAAAUUCAUACGUUAGACGCACUUUCCAACGAGGUCGUCAAACUUCAGAUUGUUCUGUUAUCGUUUUGAUUCUGUCCCCUCGAUUGGCUGUCGACCAGUCCAGGGUGUAUCCCACCUCUUGCCCCAAACUCCACUUUACCCGUGACCCUAAUGAGGACAAGUGCUAUAGAAAAUGGAUGGAUGGAUGUGGCAUGGCAGAAUGACUCCUAUCGAUUUUGACUCUGAUCGAAGAUGCUCGGGGGUGGUUUUCGCUCACCGCUCUUGAGCGAUCGCUUUGCGGGGGCUUCACACUGUCGUCUUUCACACUUUUGUAAGUUACCAUGGAGACAAGUGCAAGUAUUACUGCUGUAUGUAUAAUAUAAGUCAUUCGAAUGAAAUAUGAGUGUGUGCUGUACGAGUACACGCGCUUUUGUUUGUGAAUAUGCAUUCAAAGUCAAGGCUGCUAUCUGACGUUGACUGUACAACUGCUUCUGUUGGUUAUUUAUUGAAACGGGCUGGUUACAUUUCACUUGAAGGGUUUUCAAGACAAACUUCAAAAUAUCCCCAUAAGGGAGACACAUACUACAAGCCUUUAAGAAAUAUCAAGGCAAGAUAUUACUCUCUGCGUCUGACAGAAUUUAUGAAUCUAUCUAUUUAAUCCUAUUAUUUAUCCACUUGAAACCGCUUAAAAAGGUAUCGCAAAGAAAUUACUGUAAUACAGAGAGACAAGACAGAGAAUUUUUUUUUUAGCAUAUCACACUGGGGUCUAACACCAAAGGAAUUUAUUAAUCUAACUAGCACAUCUUAUUUUACCAGCAGUGCAAAAAUUUCAAGGUAGAGUAUUUUUUCAACAUAUCGCAGUGACACAUAAGUAAUUAAUCUACAUAUUACCAUAGCAUAUAACCAAUUGGAAAGAAAUUCAGACAUUUCAAGUCAAGAGCAUUUUUUUACAUAACAGCAUGUGUCUGAAUUCAUUCAUCUAUCAAAUCUAAUUUUAAGGACAGUUCAAAAACUCAUUUGAAAGACUAAGAAAUUUCAAGGGAGAAUAUUUUUCAACAUGUCACAGUGACAUUUAAAUGUAUCUAUUAAAUUAGAUUUUAAAUGACAGUUUAAAAACUAAUUGGAAAGAAAUUAAGAAAUUUCAACUUAGAAUAUAUUUCAACAUAUCACAGUGAAAUAUUCUGAAUAUUCUCAUCUAGUGAAACCAAAAGACAAUUCAAAAACUAAGUGAAAAGAGAUGAAGACAUUUCAAGUGAAUUUUUUUAACAUAUCACAAUGCGUCUGAAAUCACAAGAAUUCAAUAAUCCUUGUAAUAAAUCUCUUUUCAACAACAGUUUGAAAACUAAGUUUAGUAUGAUUAAGAACUUUCAAGUCUGAGAGUUUUUGAACAAGCACUGGUUCGAACACUGAAAAUAGUUUUUCUGGACCCUAUUUUCUGAGGUUUUCUGUUCUUUCCACGCUUUCUCCUCUCAUAAUAACAACAAAAAGCAAAAAAGUCUUACUUUUCUCCUGCUGCUGCUGCACCUCACACUUUGAAAACCACUGCAAUUCAGUGAAGGGACAUUUUAUGAUUUCUCAAGGGUACAGUUUUUUUUUUAAUGAUUAUUUUAGAUUAUAUGGUAUCUUUUGCACUGAGAAUAGUUGUCAUGUGGAAUGUUAGACUGUCUUUUGCAAUGGCAAAUGUACCGCUUUGAAAUGAAUGUGCUGAGUGUUCUCGAGGGGAACAAAUCCAAAGUGCAGCUGCCUGUCGGGAGGAGAGUGAGAGAGGGGUGGAUCAUUGCAGACCUCAAAUCAAGACCGGUCCUCCUUUUCUCUCCCCCGAAAGGACCUGUGUGA